AGAAAAGGUAGAGUUAUUACUAUUUUUUUAAUUUUGUCUCAGGCAGACUUCGUGAAGGAAGCUUCAUUAUCAGCUGCCUAUAUUUUUAUUUUGCUGGUUGAGGGAAGUGCUGUUUGCAGUUGAUACUUGAUUUGAAAUCAUAAAAGCUAAACCUUUUCUGUUGAACCUUGCAUGCAUUUUGUUCACAUACACCCCCUCCCCAAGUUCCGAGAUGGAAUGCAAGCAUAAUGUAGUCAAGCUCUACCACCCUGGAAUAUGUGUAUAUUAAUCUGCAAAACUCCAGAUAGCUAGAACCAGAGUGGAGUGUGAUGACAUAUGCCUGAGUUGCCAGAUUCCCAGAACUCAGUCAGAAGCAGGAGUAUUGGCACAACUUUUGAGGCCAGUCUGGUUUGCAUAGUUUCAUGCUAGCUAGGACUAUAGAGCAAAAGACUCCCCAUCACAAAAGAAAAACGCAAACUUUGGACAUAGAAUUGGGAGGUGGCAAUCUGUCAAAAAAAAAAAUCUUAAAUGCCUCUUGACUAUGGCUGACUGAUUCAGAAGGCUCAGGUCUUUUAAGAAAAGACUUGGCAGCUGGCAGCCAGCAGCGGUGGCACACGCCUUUAAUCCCAGCACUCAAGAGGCAGGAGGAUCUCUGUGAGUUCAAGGCCAGCCUGGUCUGCAGAGCAAGUUCCAGCACAGCCAGGGCUAUGCAGAGAAACCCUGUCCCGAAAGAAGAAAAGAAAAAAAACUUCCAUCACUCCUGGGAGCCAGAGGUAGGCUAAUCUCUAAAUUCAAGACUAUCCUAUUCUACAGAGUGAGCUGCAGGACAGCUAGGGCUACAUAGUAAGACCCUGUCUUGGGGGAAAAAAAAGACAGAUUUUUUUUUUUAAUAAUUUUGGGCAAAAUAUUGGUGCCAAGGAAUAUGGUGAAAUUUGCUUUUAUGGUACUGAAAGUAAAAGUUCAUUAGAAGAAAAUUUUAAUUUCACCUCCUCAUUUUCUAAAUUAUGCAAUUGAGGUUUGAGAGUUUUACUAGAGACAGGGGUGAUUGAAUGCUAUUAAAAAGGAUCUUAGUAAACUUAUGGCUCAUUCCUGGCAAUAUAUUGGCUAUUAGGUGACAGGAUUGGUAGAUGAAACUAAAACAAAUGUUUUCUGCAUUUCUUUGGUGAAUCUGUGGUAGUGGAGCUUGCCAGGGCAUGCAUGCAUAUUCAGAAAAUGGCUGUGGGCUGCAGAGGAGUUGGUCCUCUCCUUCUACCGUGGGAAUUCUGCGGAUUGAAUUUGGGUCAUUGGACUUGAUGCAGCAGCAUCUGGAAUCAAGAGAGCCACAGCUUCCGAGGGACCUUAUGCCUCUGUCAUGCCUGUCAAGAAAAUAGGCCACCGAGGUGUUGAUUCUUCUGGAGAGACUACAUAUAAAAAGACAACUUCAUCAGCCUUGAAAGGUGCCAUCCAAUUAGGCAUCACCCACACUGUGGGCAGCCUGAGUACCAAACCAGAGCGAGAUGUCCUCAUGCAAGACUUCUACGUGGUGGAGAGUAUCUUCUUUCCCAGGUACAGAGGUCAAUACACAGUAGGACUUUCUUCAAAUCAACCUCGUGAAGGGAGCAACUUGACACCGGCUCAUCAUUACAAUGACUUCCGUUUCAAGACCUAUGCACCUGUUGCCUUCCGUUACUUUAGAGAGCUGUUUGGCAUCCGGCCUGAUGAUUACUUGUACUCCCUUUGCAGUGAGCCAUUGAUUGAACUCUCCAACUCUGGAGCUAGUGGUUCCCUCUUCUAUGUGUCCAGUGAUGAUGAAUUCAUCAUUAAGACAGUCCAGCAUAAAGAAGCAGAAUUUCUGCAGAAGUUGCUUCCCGGAUACUAUAUGAAUCUUAACCAAAACCCUCGAACUUUGCUGCCUAAAUUCUAUGGACUAUACUGUGUGCAAGCAGGCGGCAAGAACAUACGAAUUGUGGUGAUGAACAAUCUCUUACCUCGGUCAGUCAGAAUGCAUAUGAAAUAUGACCUGAAGGGUUCAACUUAUAAACGGCGGGCUUCUCAGAAAGAACGAGAGAAGCCUCUUCCCACUUUUAAAGACCUGGACUUCCUACAAGAUAUCCCUGAUGGUCUUUUUUUAGAUGCUGACAUGUACAAUGCUCUGUGUAAGACUCUGCAGCGUGACUGUUUGGUGCUACAGAGCUUCAAGAUAAUGGACUAUAGCCUCCUGAUGUCAAUCCACAAUAUGGAUCAUGCCCAGCGAGAGCCCAUAAACAAUGAAGCACAACACUCAGUUGACACUCGCAGGCCAGCCCCGCAGAAGGCUCUCUAUUCCACAGCUAUGGAAUCCAUCCAGGGCGAGGCUCGACGGGGUGGUACCGUGGAGACCGAGGACCACAUGGGUGGCAUCCCUGCCCGGAAUAACAAAGGGGAAAGGCUCCUGCUUUAUAUUGGCAUCAUUGAUAUUCUGCAGUCCUACAGGUUUGUUAAGAAGUUAGAGCACUCUUGGAAAGCACUGGUACACGAUGGGGACACAGUAUCAGUGCAUCGGCCAGGCUUCUAUGCUGAGCGGUUCCAGCGCUUCAUGUGCAACACAGUGUUCAAGAAGAUUCCCUUGAAGCCUUCUCCUUCCAAAAAGUUUCGGUCUGGCUCGUCUUUCUCUCGGCGAUCAGGCCCCAGCGGCAACUCCUGCAUUACUUACCAGCCACCGGUCUCUGGGGAACACAAAGCACAAGUGACUACAAAGGCCGAAGUGGAGCCAGAUAUACACCAUGGGCGCCCUGAUGUCUUACCUCAGACUCCACCUUUGGAAGAAAUCAGUGAGGGCUCACCUGUUCCCGGUCCCAGUUUCUCACUUGUAGUUGGAGAGCCUUUGCAAACACUAAAUUUGAGUUCAACCUUGGAAAAGCUUGAAGUUGCAGAGUCAGAGUUCACUCAUUGAGCAGUGAGCCUGAGAAGACCUGAAACGAGAUUCUACUAUCACUUUGAUACCAAGAUGUCAGCCCUUGCCCCAGGAAUGCUGAGUCGUCUUCUUGGUCAUCAAAAGAGGAGAGAAGUGUGGAGCUAGCAGGGCUCUCCAGCACAGUUCUCCCCUUCCUCUGGGCAUUAGUGCCUUUGACAGUUGAGGACAGCAGUGUCCCCACCGCUCCAGAAUUGGGUGACAUGAAUUUUCCCCGGGCCAGCCAUGGCCUAUGUAACUGAAUAUUUUUCACACCCCAUUCUCUGUAUGGAGGUGGGGCUGCUGGACGAGGUGGUUUCCUUCUCUUCACCUUUCUCCUGGAGCUGGACUCUUACUUCCUCAGGACAGACUAGCUGGACAUGGUUCCACCUUCGCUCUUCCCUCUGGUCUUCGAGAAGACCCCAGUGAUUUUUUUUAAAGGCUUUUUGGGGGAGAUCCUACUCCCAGCCUUCUUUCUUCCUCACAAAAGGAAAAGAACAAACAGCACAUGUUGUAAAUUCAAGUCAGUCUCAGAUAAAAGUUGUAGAAGUGUUGAGAAAAGCCCUAGUGUUUGAAGUAGAAAAGCUGUGCCCCGCCAGCAGCUGCUCUCCUCCCACACUUAGGGCCAAGGGAGCGGUGAGGGGCAUGGCCCCUUGUACCCUUUGUUAAACAAUGGGGCAGCCUUGUUAGGAGAGUAGACCUUCUCAGCAGGGCUCUACUCACUGCCAGGUCAUACAGUUAUUACUAUUUUGCAAUUUGGAAUGUAUUCUAAUAGUUUUUCUAAAUAUAAAGAAUUAUCAAAUGAUUUUAGACCAUUCUCCAAAGGAGAUUUCUUUGUCCUUCCCUUAUUUCCAACAGUAUUCUGCUCUUUGUGGAGCUCUGGUGGAGGGGGACAUUUGUGUCUGUGUAACAGGCAGUCCGUAUCUAUGAGGUUAGAGAAUAUUUUCUUAAACUCCUGGGGAGCCACAGACUUCCCUCAGUAGGGUGAUCGCCAUGUCACCUGACCUGCCCCUUGCUUUGUUAGAGAGCUGGAAGUGGGGUCUCACAAACCCUCUCCUCUCCGGCCCGGCCUGUGGGGCGGUGCAUGGUGUUGCAGGCAGGCUGUUGAAAUCCCACGUUGUUACUUUUCCAGUCCGUCCUACCUUGAUAUCAAGUUAGCCUACCCCUAAGUAACUGUCUAUAUUAGACACCCCCAGCCAGUUUCUGGCUGCCUGUCUUUGCUGCCAUGUUCUUUUUUACAAGAAGGAAAGAAACAAUUCUUGCUAUUUUUUUUCAUAAUUUACUAUUUAUGAUGUAUUUAAGUGUUGUAUUCAGGACAAAGUUCUGUAAGGGGUGGGAGGGAAUAUUUGAGGGAGGGCUUGGAUUAGGAAAAGGACAUGGGGUGUCAACAUUUUUAUGGAGUGUUACUAUUUGUCUCUUCUUUGUAUUGUUGAAAAUGACAAAUGCGAUAUAAAGGAAUAAAUACCUGG